CGGGUCUCAUCGUAACUUAUUUCCUUCUUGGAAAAAUGUUAACUCAUGACUUUUGAGUUUAGACCAUUGCUUUCGAUACAUGCCAAGGCAAGGCUAACCAAGGACAUGAUGGAAGUGCUUCUAAAUUCCAGUUUACACAAGCAUGAGUAUUGGGGAAGGUCAAAUUUCAAUCUGUCAGCAGUGCUUCCAGCCUAUGGAAUUGUACUCGCAAUAUGCUUGACAGGGAAUUCCGUCGUUUGUGCCACAAUAUUGAGGAGCAGAAACAUGAAAAGUAGAUGGUAUUACCUCCUUUUUAACCUAUCUGUUGCAGAUAUGGGUUUCGCUAUCACAACACCGAUACAGUUGGUACAGUUUCUUGAUGUUAACCUAGGUGAUUUUGGCUGCAAAUGUGGACUGUUUGUGUUGGACAUCUUCCUUGGAACUGCCCUUCUAAGCCUGGCGUUCAUUAGUCUUGAUCGUUACCAUGGUAUUUGCAAAUCAUUUUCAAGCUUUGGAUCAGAAAAAGUCAAAGCAAGAUUCAUAAUUCCAUUGAUCUGGAUAGCAGCAGCUGUAUCAUAUUUUCCAAUGACUGUGGUAUGCAAGAAAAGUAGGCAGCCUGGUAGCUUGGCCUGUGAUUGCCACUCUUCAUGGCCAGCUCCAAAGUAUUACACUGUUUAUGCAUUCUUUAUCACAAUUAUUAUUUACAUAGUUCCAUUUGUAACUAUGCUUGUCUGCUAUACAAGAAUUUGCAGAAAACUUUGGUGGGGUACAGAUAUCAACAGCAUAAUACCUGCAGAUGCUGUUGGCUCAAAGAAAAGAAGUAUCAAAAUGCUUGUAGCUACAACACUUCUGUUUUUUCUCACAUGGACACCAUACAACAUGUUGUAUAUGGUGAAAAAGUUAAAUUUGAUUGACCCAAAAACUUUAGGGAAAAUAUUCUUGGCCAGUCAAAUUUGUGGCUUUGCCAACUCUGCUGUCAAUCCAUUUGUUUACUGCAUUUUCAGCAAGAGCUUUAGAGCUGGGUUCAAAAACAUUUUUGCUUGUCGAAAACGAAGGCAUCAGGAUAGCAGCUUUAACACACAAAAACCAUUCAAAGACACAAACAAUGACUCAAAACGAAAUGAGACAAGAACAUCAUCUGAUACUGGGUAUGGUAGUAUCAGCAUAUUAAAGGAAAUUGAGUAAAAAGUACUUUUUUUAUUGGUUUUAUUAUCAGUAUCCAAAUGCCAGUAGCUUCAAUUCUGCUUGGAAAAUCUACUGUGUCUUAUUUAUUAGAAAUGGGUAAUUUCAAUAGAAUUACUAUUAUAUUAUCAUUUUUAUUAGAAUUUGGGUAGAUUUGGUUGCUAUCAGUAUGGGUAAUUUUGUGACAUUAAGUUGUUUAUUUUUGCUGCUUAUUCAUAAUAAAAAAACACUUUGCUUCACAUUAGAAUCUGUUCUCAUGCUUCUAUGCAAUUUCUUAACUAUUUGAAUUCACACUUACAAGCAUCAGGAUGGUUGAUAUCAUUCUUUACAGAGGGAACAUCCCUCUUUUUUGCAAUGAUGUUUAACAUUUUUCUUUAAAAGGCAGACCAGUUCAGUUUAUUCAUUCAUUUAAAAUUCCACUACAUACAAAUACAUAUCUUCUGUACAAAAGAUUAAAUAACUUAUACCGAUUUGAAUAACUACAUGACAAAAGUAAAGAAAUAUUUAUGACACUAGAAGAUUUGUAUGAAGGUGAAUUCUAAAGAAGGGACUAAAGUAUCUUUUUUAACAUAAUACUAAUGUGAUAUGUUUACAAUUUGUUUAUUUGCUUACCUAUUUAAGUGUGAAAAGUAACUGCUGUGGUUCCUGAUAUAAGGAAAAAACUACUCUGACUUGGAUUUAUUUUGUAUUUUUUCUGCUUUUGUGCAUUUAGCAAUAAUUCGACUGAAGCUCCAUAAGUAGAACAAGAUCAUAAGUCUUAAUGGACCCAUCAGAAGUACCUAAAAUUGAAGAACGUAAUAAUUAUUUAUAAUUAGUUCAUACUAUCUAACAUUUACUUAUCAGAUCUGCGACAACAAAAAACUGCAAAUUUUGCUUGGAGUCUGCGGGCAGGCUAGCAAAAUAAGCUUAAUAGAAAAAUAUUUUUAAUAUUAUUUGUUGUUACAUAGAUUAUUAUGAUAAAUCUACAAAUAAAUA